AUGCCAAUCGCGAUAGCUUCACGCGGUUUCAGAGGCCUCUACGCGGCCCGCUUCACAAGAGUCGCGUCUGCAGCUGUAGCUCGUCCAAUUGUUGCUCAGACCCAACGGCUUCCCCGGCUGGCCAUGUCAACCAAAUCGGGUGUUUCAUCGCCGUUGGUGCAGCACACAGCGUGGCAGAGGCUCUGUGUCUCUGACCUUGACCGGCUCUACCCUCUUCUUACCGCCUAUAUCCAGCAGCCCUCACUGGCAGAAUCUGUUACAGAGCUAGUCAUGGAUUUUUCAUCGUCGGAUUAUUCCUGGCCAAAUGAUUACCCUCCUGAUGAGCCCCGGGAGCCCAGCUUGGGAGUGGCCGGCGAUCUGGUACGUAAGCAUGUGUGUAGCCUUGGCCUUGGUGAUAGAGAGACCAAGGCAAUGUUGCACGUACUACGACUGUGGACGAACCGGCCAGAGAUACCGCCCAAAGGGCAGCCAGGAGACUUACCUUCUGAGCCCGAUUACCUGCGAGACGAGUUCGCUGGACUCGCAGCCGUUGUCCUGCUCAGCCUUUGCAAGAAUAUAUCCACCUUGCACAUGGCGCAACCGUUGUCAGGUUUCAACCCCAUGCUGGAGGACUAUCUUCUCAAGACCAACUAUGGCCUGUUGCAGGCACCAGGCCUACAGAAUCUGAAGAAAGUCGAGGUCUUGCCUGGAUGGUGGUGGAAUUUAGAGACAACUUACGGCCACCUUGAGUUCCUCAGACUUUUCCAAUAUUUCCACCGCCUCCCGGCAAUCAACGCUAUCUCCAUUGACAGUUUCCAGGAGUAUCAGUCCUAUUAUACUUCAUUCAUUCCGCGGACCGGAAAUAUGAAGACCCUCAAGCUGGAGCAUGUCGAUAUGGAUGACUUUCUUCUUGGACUCCUUAUUAGUAUACCUAAGGUCCUCGUCAAUCUCAAGGUGUCACUGGGCGGGAAGGAACAUAUGGAUGGUGGCGUCCCAACAAUCCACCCGCAGUCCAUCGGGAGAGCGCUAGCACAGCACAAAGAAACCGUAGCAGCGCUUGACCUGGACCUGGACUUGUGCGUUUUGGAAUCUACUUGCAAAGGAAAAGUUCUAGACAGCACUGAUGGCACUGAUGACGGGGAUUCUGAUAUAGAGGAAUUUGGUAGAGACUACUACAAGAUGGACCAGGAGACUCGUCUUUUAGUUCAGAAGACCCCAAUCGCUCUUGAGAGUUAUGGGUGGACAAUAGGCUCGCUCCAUGAUUUUACCUCCCUCACCCACCUCAGUAUCGGCAUCUACGCGCUUCUAGGCCCUCCUAAUUCGCUUGGUGAGCGCCUUGCGCGUCUGCCUCCAUUUCGGCUCAUCGAUGCUUUGCCACCCAACUUGGAGUCUUUCUGUCUGUAUGGUUACAAGAAGGGAGAAAACAUCGAUGUUGAUGAACACGUCAACGAAUUUUUGAUCAACAAGGAAGCGAGAUUCCCAAGCCUGAAGGAAGUGAAAGGGAUUGAGGAAGAGGUCCCUGGUGUGGCACAGCUGUUUCCUGAGGAAUCGUACCUGGAACGUAUGUCAGCUCGCUUGAAAGGAGAAGAAGAAGAGACCAGUAAUCAAUGGCCGACACCAGAGUUCCCUGACGAGUGGAAACCUGUAGAACAAUCAUCUCUUAGAUAA